AUGAACCACCUGGAAAAGCCGAACGCCCACAAGAUCUUCACAGCGUCGAUCAGCGAUGUCCGUCCAUUCGCGUCAAUCUUGCGCGGAGUCAUGCUCAGCAAUCGCGCGACGCUGAUCAUUAGUAAUGCUGGCAUCACUGUCACCGUUGAAGAGAUGCGGACAUCAUUAGGGAAGUUGUCCAAGGCUUACGUGCUGAAAGCCUUUUUCGAUGAAUUCGAGUACAACCCUCCUCUUGAAGUCGUUCAAGAUGGGGGCAUGGGCGAGAGUGGCGGCCCGACGACAUUUGAAAUUGCGCUUGACACCUUUCUGGAGUGCUUGAACGUUUUUGGAUCUGGUAAUCCCUCAGCAUCUUUUGCACCCGAGCGGGGGUCUGGAAAACGCGGCGGUUGGCAAAUGCGGGAAGGCGAAGAGGACACGGAGGAACCCCGUCCUAGGGACAAUGCUAAGGUGUCCUGGAGUAAAAAUGCUGAACGAGCGACCAUGAUGAAAAUGACAUAUCAAGAAAUUGGGGCACCUUUAUCUAUGAUUUUAGCUGAGGAGGCCUCCGGACCGACGACCACUGUCGAAAUGGUGACACUCGAAGCGGCAGAAAAUUUGGAUCUGCCGUUCGAUGAUGGCGAGACAAUUGCACGCAUCAUCAUGAAAUCUUCGUUAUUCCGUGAUGCAGUGACUGAGGUUGAUGCCACAUGCGAGAGGUUAUCCUUCAUCUGCACUCCGCGAUCUGCCCAGCGUGCCCAGAUACAGGGCAGUAAUAAUCGUGGGCCUCAGAUACGGGCUGUGAAACCAGCGUUCCGAAUACACGCAGCUGGAGCGUAUGGUACAACAGAGAUGGAUUUUCCAAAUGAUCGAGACGUUUUGGAGACAUUCGAUUGCGAUCAACCCGUUGAGGCCACACCACUUUAUCGUGUGGUCCGGUCCUUGACUUCCUCAGCCAAAACUUCAAUACGAAUAGAAUCGAGUGGGCUGCUGAGUAUUCAAUUCCAGUUGCCCAAGAAUGGCUUCGAUCAUGCUUUCAUUGAGCUGCUGGUAAAGCUAGGUUUAUGA